AUUGUGAAGGACAACGCCAUCGUUAAUAGACUAAACAAGACCAAGACAGAAGCGUACCCUGACCUAUUAAAGAUGAGGACGGAAAGAGACGCAAGGGAGACGGCCAAGAAAAAGAAGGCAGCUAAAAUUAAGUCGGAAGAAGACAAGGCAUUGGGAUUGGCCAAAGAGAAGACGAAGAGAGAUAAGACAUUCGACACGCUAUUCGACGAGUCUAAAAUGGUAAUUGCGGUCACGGUCGUGCAGACUGAAUGCUUCGCAGUUUCUGACAGAUUGAAAAGUGGUCUAUCAAUUGAGUCGCAAAACUAUAUCAGCGUAGUGAUUGAUAAUUUUAUACUUGCCAAAUUAUCAAAGAGUUCGGUACUUCUGUUCGAGUCGUUUGGAUACCCAGCUGAUACGUAACAACAGUUCUCAAUCUGGCAAGGAAAUGAAUGGUUUGUACUUAGUUUUAGAGCUUAAGAUUUCAUUGUCCUGUUUCGAAUUAUAUGUGUUGCACAUUUAUAGGAUUCUGUGUUCGAGAGCUAUCAGAAAUAUACUUAUGAUUAACCGAUAGUCAAAAUUUCCAUUGCCCUCCUAUUUUAUGUAAUAUUCCGC